AGCAACAAAACCACAGGCUCUGCAGCAACACAUUAAAGCAGCUGUUGAGAGAAUCAAAAGGCAUCAUGAAUUCAACAAAUGAGACAGGCCCACCCUGCAGGGACAGAAUUUAUAUUUUCUACACAGUAGUGAAUGUGAUCAUCUUCAUCCUGGGUGUUGCUGGAAAUGGUUUGGUGAUCUGGAUUGCAGGGUUUAAAGUGAAGAAGUCGGUCGUCACCACCUGGUACCUGAGUCUGGCCAUGUCUGACUUCCUGUUCUGCUUCUUCCUGCCCUUCAGUGUUGUCUACGUUAUCAAAAACAAUUGGGUCUUCGGGCACUUCAUGAGCAACUUUGUUGUGUUCAACAUGUUCUUUAAUUGGUUUAACAGCAUCUUCCUCUUUGUCAUCAUCAGUGUGGACCGCUGUGUGGUUGUUAUAUUUCCAGUGUGGGCGCACAACCAUCGCACCAUAAGAAAGGCCUGUGUGACAGUAAUGCUAGCUUGGAUCAUCUCAGCUGCAUAUUGCUUGUCAUCAGCAAUUUCCCUAGAUGUUCAGCAUGAUGACCAGAAGACAAAAUUGUUUUUCUACGUUUACCAAAACGAUUUACAGCACACUGCUGACGUGACAUGUGACUUCGUUGUUGGAUUUUUGGUGCCGUUCCUCAUCAUUGUCAUCUGUUAUGUUUUCAUCAUUCGAAAGCUGAAGUCUAGCCAGAUGACGAGGUCCAAAAAGCCAUUCAGGAUCAUGACUCUGCUAAUUACUACUUUCUUUAUCUGCUGGCUGCCAUAUCACAUUUUUGCUUUUAUGGAACUAACCAACAAAACACAUGAACAAUUCUUCAAUUCAGCAUCAACAGUUGUCCUCACUCUCGCCAAUGUCAGCAGCUGUCUGAACCCGUUUCUUUAUGCAUUCAUGGGGAAAGAUGUUAAAAAGCAAUGCUACUCACUUCUGUUGAAGAUUGAGAAUGCAGUUGAGGAAGAGGAGGGCCUGUACACUGCACAAGGGCUACCAGCUACCAACUCUGGGGAAAGUAAACCUUCAACUACUAUUGAAAGUGUCCAGUAAAAAUCUUACAUCUGAAAUUAAUAUCAAAAAUGAUGUAUUUUCUUCUAUUGUUCCAGCAAAAGUGCCUCAAAAGGAAUCGUUAAACAUGUGUCAUUGAAAUGUUUAAAUCCAACAAUUUUCUUGUGUUACACUUACCAAAUGAUAAACUCAGUCUCAAUAGACAAACACUGGCAGUAGAACAGGGUCAUACUGAUGAGCUCAGUGUCUUGGCACUGUCAUAGGACACCACCUCU